GCACGCCAAGCGCCAGCAUAUUGGCUGGGAUGUAAGAGCAAAAAAAAUGCUGAGUGAAGCGUACCACGAUCACAGCGUGCAGGACAUGCACUUGUCCUCUACGUACAGGAAGAACCGGAGGCACCAAAGACUGCUGGAAGGCAAGCCUUCAUGUUCAGGGUCGCUUGAGAGAUCUGCCUCUGAACCGUGUGGUGUCACGCUAGGUGCAAGUGCGCAUCAUGCGCCCUUCAAACCUGUUUGGGAGCUGAAGGAAGCGCUGCCGCCGCUGUCAGGGCCAUCCAACAUGUCACCCUUGUUUUCGCCAGCGUCACCCACUUCUCGAGACGGCCACAAUCCGAUGGAAUCGACCAUUUCCUUCUUACAAGAUUCCCUCAAGAAUGACUACUGCGGAGAACUUCGCUGGAACACCAAGUGGGCCUUCCAGAGGCGUCCAGAUGGGGGAUUCUGGAUGAGAUGA